AUGGACGAUCAUGGACACUCUUCCCAGACAAUACGCCCAGGAUCGCUAUCACCAACAUCCACGAUAUCCGCACAGGCCCUCGACCUCAGCAGACUCCCGCCAAUUGCAAUCUUCACUGCGCAUCUGAAGGACGAGGAAGUGAAGUUGCUCAAGGAAACGUUGCGCCAGUACGACGCACCGCUUACUACCGAUGUCUCCAGGGCAAAGGUCUUUGUUGGGAAGGUGGGUACAAAGAGAAGGGCCGAGUUCGAAUUGAGGGCUCGAAAGCUGGUUGUUCAGGAGAUUGUCACGCCGAAACGGCCAGCUAGUCCUGUGAAGGCACAGGAUCGCUCCAACAAGAGGCGAAGGAUUGGUAAAACGUCAGGUCGGUUAUCUGCGGACGAGGGAGACUCUACCACUGAGGAAGAGGCUGGCAUCGGCUCUGAGACUGAGCAGCACCACGUUCCUCUCUCGUCCCCCUCGAGAUCCGACAAUGGCUCACAGGUUCCGCUACUGUUCGAGGAUUCGUCUCACGAUACCAUCUGGGUUAUCAAGUUCGACUGGGUAGAAGCUUGUGUAACUGCAGGUCAUCUACUUCCAUUGGGAGACAACUUGGUCUACACGGGUAAAGUCAUGAAACGGCCUAAAUCAUUGAAUAAGAAGUCUAUCAAAGACAUUUUCGGCGCGCACACAAAAGUAGCGCCGGCAUCUCAGACACUCUUGGCAACACGACCACAUCCGGUGCAAGACAUCUUAGAUCGCGCGAAACUAGACAUGAAGACGACCACGAGGAAAAGCACUUAUCAGCCGCAAAGAUUCGGAAAUCACACUUCUAAUCGCUUCGAUGGAAAGGCUUUCGCCCGCUCUUCCCAGCCUGUCGGUCACUCGUAUGUUUCACAAGCUGCACAUCUACUGCAGCAAACGACCAGUGAGUACGAAGGCGAGGACAGUGAUGUUCCUGCAGCACCCGAAUGGGUGAAGAAAGGCGUCAAGUACUCAUGUCAGCGCUUCACACCUGGUAACGGACCCAAUGAAGACUUCCUCGACCAGCUCAGGAAGAUAAGGACUGCUCGAACUUUGAUCGACGACGACAUAGGUGUUCGUGCUUACUCAACCAUUAUCGCUUCUAUCGCUGCAUAUCCGUACAGACUUAGUCACCCCCGAGAGAUCGCUCAGCUACCGGGUUGUGACGAGAAAACUGAAGUUCUUUUUGUAGAGUGGAAGAACACUGGCAAGAUUCAAGCAGUCGAAGAUUUCGAGGCCGACGAAUCAAUGAAAGUCUUGCGUUCCUUCUACAACAUUUGGGGCGUUGGAGCCAAGACCGCACGCCAAUUCUAUUACAACAACCACUGGACUGAAUUGGAUGAUAUCAUCGAGUUUGGCUGGAACGACCUGGACCGAGUGCAGCAAAUCGGCGUCAAGUACUAUGACGAAUUCUUGAUCUCUAUUCCGCGCCCUGAAGUUGAGCAAAUUGCCGCUGUUGUUCGCGAACACGCUGUGAAGCUUCGCGACGAACGCAUUACUGUCACGAUUGUGGGCGGGUACAGACGUGGCAAGACAGACUCUGGCGACGUGGACUUGAUCGUGUCGCACCCGGAGCUAGAGAGUACAGCGGGCUUGGUCCGAGAGAUUGUUGAGUCAUUGGAGGAAUUUGAGUGGAUUACUCACACUCUUACAAUGAGCUUGAAGAACACUAAUCGUGGUCAACAUGCGCUACCUCUUCGAUCUGCCAAGGGAGCCGGCGCGGGCUUUGAUACGCUUGACAAAGCCCUCGUUGUGUGGCAAGAUCCAGCGUGGCCUACUCGUGAGGAGGAUCUUGCGGAGGAUCCAAGAGCGAAGAACCCUGCUAUCCACCGCCGAGUUGACAUCAUCAUUGCACCUUGGCGGUCAGUUGGUUGCGCAGUCUUGGGUUGGAGUGGCGGUACCACCUUUCAGCGUGAUCUGAGGCGGUAUGCGAAAGCCAUCAAAGGCUGGAAGUUCGAUAGCAGCGGUAUCCGAAGUCGAAGUAACGGCGAAGCCAUAAUGCUGGAAGGGCCCGAUGGAGUCGAGGGUACGCCCGAAGAUGCUGAGAAGAAGGUCUUUGAAGGGCUAGGCCUGAAAUAUAACUCUGGCAGCUACCUCCGAAUACGAUCGCCUACCAUCAUGCAGCCUGACCGGCUGAUCAACGCCCUCACCAUCACUGUACAGAUCCUCAUCAGCCUUGUCCUCUUCGCCAUCGUCCUCCCCUUCUUCAUCCUAUGGCGCGCCCCAAUAAGCCUCCUCUACUUCACCAAGAACGAAAAGCCACAGGAAAAGAACGCAGACCAAGAGAGAGAAAGGCUGCAAGGCCUGCCAGCGGACGAGGAAGAAGAAGAACCGAAACCACCCCCAUCACCAGACCUCCACGAGCGCGCCCUCGCACACUACACAAAACACUGGACAGCCUUCAAAUUACGCCCGAUCAACAAACCCCUCGUAGCCCACUGGUCACGCGUAGCAUGCCUCUCCCUCCUCACAAUACAAACCACGCUCACCCUCGCCCUCCUCGAAAAAUCGCUCGUCUACCACAUCCCCUGGUUCGUUGCACAUCUCUCAGACACAGAAUACAAGACGUCGAAGAAGAAACUCUGGCUUAAUGACCUCUUGCUGCAUGUAGCCUGGCUACUUAUGACAUGUGCGCCUGUUGUAGGUUUAUUAGGCGUGGGCCUGGGUAUUGCGUAUUACAUGUCUAAAGCGGUAAGGUACGGCAAGUUUCGCAAGGGUAUGGAGAGGAAGAAGGGAGGGAGGGGAUAUGAGGAUCCGAAUAAGGCGAGGGAGGGAGAAGGGAAGAAUGGGGAGGCGCAUGGGGUGAAGGAGACGGUUAUGGGGGUUGUGGAUCAUGUUAUGCAUCCAAAUGUUCAUGUUCCGCAGCUGCAUUUACCGCACCCGCAUCUGCAUCACAACCCGCACGAACAGCGGGAGCCGGAAGCUUCGCCGUAUGGGUAUCCGGGGUAUAGUGAGGACAUCCUCUUCGAGCAGCCUGGGGAUACGGCGGGUGGGUAUCAAGAUACGGUCCAGCAAACGCCGCCUGUAGUGGUCCAGCCUCCGGCACCGGCGGCAAGGUUCGAUAAGAACCCUUAUACUUUGGCUGGUAUCGCGUCGAUCUGGACUGGUCAGAAGGAGAAGAUGAAAGGUGGCUACGACGGGAGAGAUGUCAGGAAGCAGAACUUCGCUGACGAUAUUGAGAUGGCGGAUUGGGUGGGUAGGAAGUAA